UUGAACGCUUUGGUCCGCAUGACAGCGCUGUAGCGGUUUAGCUGUGUCUGGAUCAUCUACAGCGAAUAAACACAUGGACCUUUUGGCCUGAUUAUUUUAUUAAGUUCCAAGCUAAGCAAUGAUGCAGCAAGAGUCCUGGCUGAACUGUGAGAAGACUGCCGUCUUGCAGGGUGGAUUUUUGCUGGCAAAUCAGCUAUGCCAGCCAGAGUCUCUGUCCACUUUAAGAAAAGAGGACUGGAAGCACAUUGGACGCCCUGUCGUCCAGGCCGUCGCUGAAGUAUGUGGACAGAUGUGUGUAAACAACCACGAAAGUCUCCUCUGGAAAAAGAGAAUUCUGUGUAUUCUAUGGAGCAAAAUUUUGGAGAAUGAGAACGGGGAGGAUCUCGAUAGCAGAUGGAGGGAAAAUCCAUUAUUUGCCUUACAGAAUAGCCUCCCAGAUAUUAAUCAUACAGUAAUGUUUGAACUGAUCAAAUCUAUGGGCUUCUUCAGCAUCUAUGUUGAGCUGCUCCAGUGCUUUGAAUCGGUCCAACAGUGCACAGAGCUGGAGAGAUUGGUGAAACAUGUCACGAGGAAUAGCACAGAUGAUGACGAUGUGAAAUUCUUGCUGGAGGUGUGGUGGGAACUCUUGAAAGGAAAGAAAGAAACAGUGGACAACCUAGAUCAGAUCUUUACUGCCCAAUGUGUCCGUAUCCCAGAGACUAUCCCUGACUGCUCAUCACACGCUUCGAAACGAUUUAAACCAGACCCAGAUUUGGACAUGUCCACCACAUGCAUAAUGUCCAUCCUAUUCCAAGCACUCAAGGAUAUCAAGGAUACUAUACUGUCAUCUGAGAUAUGUUAUUUUGCUCUCUCCAACUGCCUAGAUAUGCUGUACACGUUCUAUCUUUUGGACCACGCAACAGACCUUCCAGCUGAAACCAAACUCCAAAAAAUCGCUCGCUCGGUCAGUCUGGAAAAGAGAAAUAAUUUUUUGGAAGGUGUCGAUCUUCUUCAGGCCAUAAAUGAGUCUCAAAGAGAUCUUGCCGCUACACUCACUCCUGCGCAGAGCAAGCCAUGUGGAAUCACACUCAUCCAAGCUAUAGAUACAGUACUGGAAGUAAUACAAGUAUGGAAAAACAGACAGUUAUUGAACAUGCCCGCUAAUGACCCAAGUUCCUUAGCAAUCCGUCUCAAGGAUAGUCUGGCCAGAGUUAUUAAGUCUUUGGAGCUCCAGUUUGGGAAUCAGGGUGAAAAUGAACAGACGGUAAAUAUUUUGAAAAGUAAUUUGGAAGAUUUGCUCGCAUCCUGGUCUCUUAAUGUGCCUGAAAGUCCAUGGAAUGAAAUAGCAACAGUCGCCAUAACAAUCAUUGACGGUAAUCUGAAGGGUUUUGAGGACCUUCCUAAACUUUUCGCCUCCAGACUGAGCCAGACUUUGAGCGAUACAGAGUGGCUAAGCUGCCUUGAAAGAAACAAAGGUGUAUUUGUGAAAAAAGACCUUGUCAUGGCCUUGGUCUCUUCUCUCAUAUCCAAAUGCCAAAGCGAUGCUGAUAUAAAACACUGCAAAAAGCUUAAGGAUAUUGUUGUGGAAAUAUUUUCCCAGCUGCCUUUACCAGACAAGAAUGCAAUUCUUUCAGAAAUUCUUAUCUUAUCAAAGAAAGGUUUGUACGGCUGCCUUCCGAGCUCUGUUACAGUAGACUUUGAUCAGGAGCUCAAUCUGGCUUUUAAUUGCAUCAUUCAAGGUGAUGCGAAAAGCAGCUUGAGCUCAGCCAUUAAUGCUGUGGCUCGCAUGGCCUUCCUGAACCCUGAGGCCACGGUGCACAGGUGCUGUCACAUGGCUGUGGUAAACCUCGGCGCUCAUACUUUUCUCUCUCAGAUACUCCGGCAGCUCCCUGGACUUAUGAGCACAUCAAGGGACCCGAGUGGAACAAGAAACAAAGAGUCAAACCUAUUAUGCAGAUGUCUGAAAGAAACCAUGUGGAACAAACUUGCUUCACCUCAAGAGGAAGACCAGUUUCUCUGUUUCCUGUCAGCAUUAAUGGAGUCCAAAAUGACUGACCAAAGCGGAGCAGAACUAAGCUUCCUCCUACCAGAGGACAUCGUGCAUGCUUUUGUCUUGCCUUUCCUCUCUUACUCAUGCCCUCAACCCUGUAGACUUGAAGUGUGCCUGCGACUUUUGCAGUCAGCUUUGGCCCGUACACCCUCAGGCGAUGACACACAUUGGAUCAUGAAUUGCUCUCCAUUUGCUCUCCUAUACUGUCUUGCUCAGCUUUUGAAUAAUUGCAGUAAGUGUUGGGAGCAAGAAUCAGAGAGUGAUACUAGUUUAUCUCUUGAAUCCAAAGAACUUUUAGUUUCUACUCUGACCAUAAUUGGCAAGGCAGUCGGCAGGGAAGUGGCUCUAGCUCCGAAUACUUACUCCAGAGCAAUUUCUUGGCUUUAUGCAAAAAUGGAAGAACUUGACUGGACUGUCCGCAUUCAUCUAAAAGAAGUGUGGGGAGAACAUUUUAAGUAUGAGGUUCCAACCUCUCUCAUGGCUGUAGCUGAGCUUUCUGAGCAGGAAUGGUCUGAAUUGGUGUUGCCUCACUAUGGUCAAGGCACUGGCCUGUUGGCCUGGGUUGAAUGUUGUUGUCUCACAGAUCACAUUCAGGAAAUAAUGUUGGACUCCUUGUCUCUAAACUUGCUCAAUCCAGAGGAAAUGAACAUGUUUAGUAAAGGCCUGUUGGUGGCAGUGUCACAGGUUCUCCCCUGGUGUACAGUGCACGAAUGGCAGCGACUACUGAAAGUGUUGCAUGAGCUUCUCCAGUCAGAUAAGCUUCAUGUGCCAUAUUCUCUGGAAUACGUGGAGUUCCUCCCAUUACUGGACCUUCGGUCUUUUGCUCAUGAAUUGCAGGUGUCCGUGUUCCUGUUACGUAUGUUCCAGCUUCUCUGCGGCUCGAGCUGUGCAGGAUGGCUUCCUCCUCAAGGCUGGGCACAUGUAGGCCAGCUGUGUGCUAUUGCCCUGAGGGGCAUCAUAGACUCUGUAAAAAGCAAAAUGCCACUCCAGGCCACCACCACCACAAUCUCCCCUAAAAGCACUGGUAUUGGAAAUCUUGGUCAGGAGGUUCUGUUUGUGCUGACUCAGCUUUUCUGCCACGUUCUCCACAUGCAGGUGAUGAUGCCCGGACAACCAGAGACUUUGUUUCUAUGUGCACUGGACAUUCUGUCCCACUAUGAAGCGGUAAUGUCCGCAUACCCCAAGAGCAGCACUUCCCUACAAAUGGCCAAUACACGCCACUUCUUUACCACCAUUACAGACAAUGUGCAGUGCACAGACAUGAGAGCUGUCCUGCAUCAGAAGAUUGCUCAGCUAUGAGUAUGUGUUAUUGAUUUACAAAUAAAUCAUUUACCCCCAAAAUAAACUGCUAUUACCACCGCA